GAGAGUCAGAAGAUAUGCCAGCCUGAUAGACUGUGGUGGAGCCAAUUGUGAUACUACUUAUCAGUUCUCUUUGUUUUCCUGUCUGCACAGAGGAAAAGCUCUUCCUUCUUUCCCCUAAAACGUAUUGCCUCACAUGUGCACACAAAUGAACACACUCAUAUACAGACAGAAUGGAGCACAAAGACUACAUCCUCCACUUUGAGAGAACCAAAGAGAAAGAGAAGCGGGGCUCCUGAGUGGAGGGAGGGGACAAUGAGUAGAUAAUGUGAGGAGAAUGGAAAAGGUAGGCUGAGGUCAUCAAAUGAAAAGGUAUAUGAGUAAUUUUCAAGGUUUUCUAAUUGGACAUGGGAUCCAAAUAUCACCAGAUGCAGGUUUUGUGGGGUGGAGUAGGAUGGCUUUCAAGAUAUGUCUCAAAGUUUACCAGAAAUCUAUAAUAAUAAAAGUGUAAUAUGCUAAUUAGACUGGACAACCUUCCAAAUGAACUUCUAGAUGAAACCGGGGUGGUCUGAGGGAAGCCCUGGCCCUGGUGCCAGAGGGAAGCUGGUGCCAGCAGCCGGGGAAAGGAAGGCUUACUCUUGCACAAAUUUUGUGCAUUAGGCCUCUAGUAUAGUAAUAAAGUUCAUGACUAACAGAUCAGAGGAAACUGGCAAAAGAAAUAGUGGUCAAUAGUGAAGUCAGUGAUGAUAAAAGUAGUAAUUUAUAAGAUUAAGCUGAACAUCGAUGAAGAAAAUGUAAAGACAAAGUUUGCAAUUAUAAAAACAGAAAAAGAUCAACAUAAGACAGAGAAGGAAGCAAAGAAGCAAAGAAAAACAAAAGGGAAGUGACAGUGGAAAGAGGAUUAUUUCAAUAGUGAAACCACAUCCAGAGGGAGAAGCAUAAAAAAAUAGAUGAGAAUGAGAUGUAUAUAGAGAGUAAUCAAUGGAGAGGAAUUAGAUGAGGCACAAAAAGAACUGUAAAGAAAGAGUUAAAAAAUAAUAAUAAAAAAAAUAAAAAAAUUUAAAAAAAAAGAGUUAAAAUAAGAGAAAUGGUAGAGAAGAUAAAGGAAGUGGGAAAGGGAGGGGGAGAUGGUGAAAUUGUGGGAUCUGAGAUGACCAUAAGACAAAAGCAAUGUCUGCACAAGUAGUAGUUCACACCAGUAGUGAGUUUUCAAAGUAAAGUGUCUCCAAGUAUCAAAAUGAUUCGUGUAAUUCAUCCAGACUGCUAGAGAUGUCAGCAGGCAUUUCACCCAUUCUUAUAGCUUUAAUCACCAUCCAAUAUGUCUCCAGUCCAGACCUGUCUUUUAAGCUUCUAAACCAUUCAUCCAACUAUCAGCAAGACCUCUGGUCAAGGUCUUAAAGGCCUUAGCCUUCUCCUCUUAGAUGUCUUUCCAUUUGAAAUUCAACUCUUCUAAAACAGAGCACAUCAUCUUUUUCUCUAAAAUCAGCACCUGUUCCCAGUGUUCUCCAGCUCUAAAACACACUAUUAAUUUACUUGUUCCUUCAAGUUCAUAUUCUCAGAGUCAUCAGUAUAGCCCUCUGUAACCUAAUUCUAUUAAUUCUUCCUUUUAAAUGUCUCCAGGCUGUCCAUGGAUCUCCAUCACCAAGCUAUCACUUUAAUCAAUGUCUAUUAUCACUUCUCACUGGAGCUAAAGUGACAGGCUCCUGCUUGUCCUGCUUCUAAUUUUGUUCACACCAAACGUAUUCUAAGUUAUUUAGCUAAAUUUGCCUUUCAAAAAUGCAAAUAUGUCGAUGCUGCUCUCCUACAUAAAAUCCAUUGUCCUUCACCUUCUGUUAGAAUUAAGUUAAAUCUCCUUGUGUGGCCCCCACAGCCACCUACCUUGAGGCUCCUGCCUCUUUCUCCAUCAUUAUCACUGCCACUAACUUUCCUACUUCAUAUUCAAACAUCCUUAAGCUCCUCUUGGUUACUUGCAUUAAUUGAAUGUAGACCUUUGCACAUGCUUCUCCAUCCAUUGGGGGGGGGGGAAGGGGGGGGCGUUAUUGCCUUGGUCCCUUUCCUCCAUAAUCUGGCUAACUCCUGCUCCAUGAUACAUACUCUGGAAAGGGACCCUUAUCUCAAAUGUACUAGUUUUUCCUACUGUACCCUCCCCUCCUUCUAGAGUACUUUGUGUGAUCUGUGUUCUAACAUUCUUCAACUUUCAAUAUAUUCACUUCUUUAUGUUUCAAUGUCAUGGCUGCUCUUAAGUUGACAAGCACUGACACUUCAGUAGUCAUAUGUCCUACAUUGUUAUCAGUGUCCAUCUCAGCAACUGGCACAUAACAGAAGCUUAGCAAAUGUGUUUAGUGAAUGAAAAUAAUUGUUUAGACUCUGUAUUCCAACAUUUGGAAAUUUGUCUGGCCAAUGUUAGUUAAUUAGAGCAUCUAUAUUGAAUGCUUACAAAAACUAUUUUAAUAAUUUAAUUAUACAUAUAUGUGUAUAGACAUGUAAAUAUAACAGUAUUUCUGGGGGAAAAAUAACAUCACAUAAAAAUAAAUACAAAUGGCUUUUAUGUAGCAGAAGGUCACGCCUGGAGAAAGUGAAAGAGUGGAGUCUUGUGGCCGCAAUGCUGUUGCUACUUCUCUGAAGCUCCUCUCAACCACUUGCCGAGACACCUGGCCGCCAAGAUGCCUCGAAUUAUGAUUAAAGGGGGCGUGUGGAGGAAUACCGAGGAUGAAAUUCUUAAAGCAACAGUAAUAAAAUAUGGGGAAAACCAAUGGUCUAGGAUUGCCUCACUGCUGCAUAGAAAAUCAUCAAAGCAAUGCAAAGCCAGAUGGGAUGAGUGGCUCAAUCCAAGCAUUAAGAAAACAGAAUGGUCCAGAGAAGAAGAGGAAAAACUCUUACACUUGGCCAAGUUGAUGCCAACUCAGUGGAGAAACAUCGCUCCAAUCAUUGGAAGAACAGCUGCCCAGGGCCUAGAACACAAUAAAUUUCUUCUGGAUAAAGCAGCCCAAAUAGACAAUGAAGAGGAAACAACAAAUGGUCCACAAAAACUUAUACCUGGAGAAAGAGACCCAAAUCCAGAUACAAAACCAACGCAGCCUGAUCCAAUUAAUAUGGACGAGGAUGAAUCUGAGAUACUUUCUGAAGUUAGAGCCCACCUGGCUAAUACUCAGGGAAAGAAGUUCAAGAGGAAAGCAAGAGAGAAACAGUUUGAAGAAGCAAGGCGUCUUGCUGCCCGCCAAAAGAGAAGAGAACUUCAAGCAGCUGGCGUAGAAAUUCAGAAGAGAAAAAAGAAGAGAGGACUUGGUUAUAAUACUGAAAUCCCAUUUGAAAAAAAGGCUGCUCAUGGUUUCUAUGAUACUUCCGAGGAAAACUACCAGGCUCUUGAUGCAGAUUUCAGGAAGUUAAGACAACAGGAUCUUGAUGGUGAUCUAAUAUCUGAAAAAGAAGGAAGAGAGAGAAAAAAAGACAAGCAGCAUUUGAAAAGGAAAAAUGAAUCUGAUUUAUCAUCAGCUAUUCUUCAAACAAGUGGUGUUUCUGAAUUUACUAAAAAGAAAAGCAGACUAGUACUUCCUGCCCCUCAGAUUUCAGAUGCAGAACUCCAGGAAGUUGUGAAAGUAGGCCAAACAAGUGAAAUUGCAAGUCAAACAGCUGAGGAAUCUGGCAUAACAAACUCGGCUUCCAGUACUCUUUUGUCUGAGUACAAUGUCACCAACAACAGCAUCGCUAGAACACCGCGAACGCCAGCUUUUCAGGACAGAAUUCUGCAGGAAGCCCAGAACCUCAUGGCCCUGACCAAUGUGGACACCCCAUUAAAAGAUGGACUUAACACACCUUUGCACAAGAGUGACUUCUCAGGCGUGUCUCCACAGUGACAGGUUGUAGGGGCUCCAACACUAAGAGAACUAAUCAAAAAAGAAAUGAUCACAGUGCUUCAUUAUGACCUUCUACAUCACCCUUAUGAACCAUCUGGAAGUAAAAAAGGAAAAUCUGUAAGAUUUGCUACCAAUAAUUCAGACCACAUUGCCUAUCUGGAACAUAACCCUUAUGAAAAAUUCGCUAAAGAAGAGCUGAAAAAGGCCCAAGAUGUUCUGGUACAGGUGAUGGAAGUGGUGAAACAAGGUAUGAGCCAUGGAGAACUCUCAAGUGAAGCUUAUAACCGGGUGUGGGAAGAAUGCUACAGUGAAGUUUUUUAUCUCCCUCGGCAGAGCUGCUACACACGGGCCAACCUAGCAAGCAAAAAGGACAAAAUUGAGUCACUUGAAAAGAAGCUUGAGAUAAACAGGGGUCAUAUGACAACAGAAGCCAAGAGAGCUGCACAGAUGGAAAAGAAGAUGAAAUUUUUGCUUGGUGGUUACCAGUCUUGUGUUGUGGGGCUCAUGAAACAAUUGAAUGACUUAUGGGACCAAACUGAGCAGGCUUACUUAGAGUUAGACACUUUUGAAGAACUCAAAAAACAUGAAGAUUCUGCUAUUCCCAGGAGGCUACUCUGUCUUAAAGAAGAUGUACGGCGACAACAGGAAAGAGAAAAGGAGCUUCAGCAAAGAUUCGCUGAUUUGUUGCUGGAGAAAGAAUCAUUAAAGUCCAAAAUGUGAAGCACAGUAUGUGUUCUGUCACAAGAUGAACUAAUUGCUGGUUUUUGUACUCUGGAAGGCUAAAACAAAUGUUUAUCUUCUUUGACAAAUUUGUCCAUAUCUGUGCUCUCUUGAUUGUUUAUUUUAAACAUUAUUGAUCUAACACAUUCUGUGUAUAAAGCCCUUGACCCCACAGGACAUUUUAGAGUUUAAAUUAUGACAAUUAUCUCUUUUAUCAGUGUCACAUUUACAAAGUUUUUUUGUGUUUGUUAUUGUUUUUUCAGUUUUGGCCUUUAUUUUAAAAGCCUGAUUUUUAAAUGCUGCCUGUGAGUAUACUCUUAAAUAAAAACAAAACCUAAAUAUAAAUAAAUACAUACAUACAUUCAAAUGUUUAUUUAAAAAAUGUCAUUGAGGAAUUAUGGGAGAAGCACAUAAAGAAAAAACAGAAAGCCAAAGAUGCAGAUUUGGGGCAAAGAAAAUAGAGGG